CAUAACCCAUGACCUAUGGCCCGUAGAAUGUUGAACAACAGAACAAGAACGAGAGAAGACACUAUCCUCAACGUAACAUAUUUCCCAUCCACCAAAAAUUUCAAAACUCCAUCACUCCCAAAACUCUUCUUCCCUCACAAAGUUGAAUCAAUUGCUCUCCUUUCUACUCCCUAUUUUUCCCCAAAUGGGCCAAUCAUGAACCCUAAUUUCUCGCCUUCAUCCUCUUCUUCAACCUCCUCACCAUUCCCAUUAACCUCCAUUCCUUUCUCUCUCCCCACAAUUUUCCCACUUUCCUCCAUUGCAAUCUCCGCCAUUAAAACUACCACCUUCAAAUUCACCAACCCAUUUCGAACAACUGCAACAUCCUCUACCCCAAUUCAUUCUUUACAAACAACCCACCAAUCACAAGACCAAACUCUUCUAUCUCUGCUCCGCCAUAGAAAAACUGAUGAAGCUUGGCUUUAUUACUCUCAAUUACCUCAUCUUCCAAACUCUUCUUGCCUUAGUCGUUUAGUUUCUCAACUUUCCUACUUAAAUACCCGUGAAUCGCUCUCUCGGGCUCAAUCGAUUGUUACCCGUCUUCGCAAUGAACGCCAGCUUCACCUACUUGAUUCGAACUCAUUGGGAUUGCUUGCUGUCUCAGCUGUUAAAUGUGGACAUACCCUCUACGCCAUUUCCAUUAUUAAGUCCAUGCUUAAGUCCAAUUACCUUCCCCAUGUUAAGGCUUGGAGUGCCGUUGUGAGCAGGCUUUCGGGUUUGCCUGAUAAUGGCCCAACUGAUGCAAUUCGGCUUUUCCAGUCAGUUAUUAAGCGGGUUCGUCGGGUUGAGGAUCGGACCCUCGUGGCCCAAUCUUGUCCUGAUACUGCAGCCUUUAAUGCUGUGCUUAAUGCUUGUGCUAAUCUUGGGGAUUUGAAAAACUUCUGCGAGGUGUUCGAUGAAAUGCCUGGAUGGAAUGUUGUUCCUGAUGCUUUGACUUAUAAUGUGAUUAUUAAGUUGUGUGCAAGAGUGGAUAGGAAGGAUUUGCUUGUUUGUGUAUUGGAAUUGAUGUUAAGUAAAAAGGUUGAACCUUGUAUUACCACUUUGCAUUCACUCGUUGCAGCUUAUGUAGGUUUUGGUGAUUUAAGGACUGCUGAGCAGUUGGUUCAGGCGCUGCGUGAGGGGAGGAAAGAUUUAUGCAGGAUUCUAAGAAAGGCGAAUUCUGUUGAUGUUGAUGAGGAAGAUAGGGUGACGAAUGGCUGGGAAAAUGAAUAUUUAGAGAAGUUGAUUCCUAGCGCGAUCAUUGAUGAUUUAGAACCUUUGUUACUGCCAAGAGUAUAUUCACCAGAUUCAAGGAUGUACACAACCUUGAUGAAGGGGUAUAUGAAGGCAGGGCGAGUUGCCGACACAGUUCGAAUGCUGGAGGCUAUGAGGCGCCAGGAGGAUAGUGCUAGUCAUCCUGACCAUGUUUCAUAUACAACAGUGAUAUCUGCUCUUGUUAAAGCUGGCUCAAUGGACAAGGCUAAGCAAGUCUUGGCUGAGAUGAUAAGGGUCGGCGUGCCUGCCAAUCUGUUUACCUACAAUAUUCUGCUCAAGGGUUAUUGUCAGCAGCUGCAGGUUGAUAAAGCAAAGGAAUUGAUUAGGGAGAUGACUGAUGUUAUUGGGAUAUCUCCUGAUGUGGUUUCAUACAAUACAAUGAUUGAUGGGUGCAUAUUGGUGGAUGAUAGCGCAGCAGCUCUUGCAUACUUCAAUGAGAUGAGGGCUCGAGGAAUAGCUCCGACAAAGAUUAGUUACACCACUUUGAUGAAGGCUUUUGCCUUAUCUGGACAACCGAAACUAACUAGUCAGGUUUUCGAGGAAAUGUUGAAGGAUCCUCGGGUUAGAGUUGAUCAAGUGGCUUGGAACAUGUUGGUUGAAGGAUAUUGUAAGAUGGGUUUGAUUGAGGAAGCCAAAACUGUAGUUGAAAGGAUGAGGGAGCAUGGUUUUCAUCCUGAUGUGGCCACUUAUGGUAGCCUUGCAAAUGGAAUUGCAUUAGCUAGAAAGCCUGGUGAAGCUUUAAUACUUUGGAAUGAAGUGAAAGAGAGAUGUGCUCCUAGGGGAGAGGAAGACGCAAACAACUCGUCAUUACCGCCACCCAUAAAACCCGAUGAAGGGUUACUAGAUACUUUGGCGGACAUUUGCGUAAGAGCCGCUUUCUUCAGGAAAGCUUUGGAGAUCGUUGCUUGCAUGGAAGAGAACGGAAUAUCUCCAAAUAAAACCAAAUUCACAAGGAUUUACGUAGAGAUGCACUCUAGGAUGUUUACGAGUAAGCAUGCCUCGAAAGCCAGGCAAGAUAGAAGGAGAGAACGGAAAAGAGCUGCAGAAGCAUUCAAGUUUUGGUUAGGAUUACCAAAUGAGUAUUAUGCUACUGAAUGGAGUCUUAAUCCCCCUGGUGAACAACAGGACUAUGAAUCGGAUUCUAUCUGAACCGAUGAUAAAGGAGCUGCCGAGAUGGCAAUGCCUAAUACAGCUUACGAGGUCAUUAUACAAAAGCUGUAUCAGAGUUUAGAACUAGAGCUUUCAUCAACUAAUACUUCUGUAGUUCUGUAGUACUAGAUUUUCGUUGUUUCAUUUGUACAGUACGUGAAAACUUGGAUAACUAAAACAGAAGCACUUGUAAUUUUAUACAAUGGAUUUGUAUCUUUUGUACGACUACAAUAAUAUAUACAUUUGAUUGAAUUGUGCC